UUUAAAUGCAGUUUUUGGUUAAUUAUAAUUUCUUUUAACCUUUAAUUAAAUUUAAUUUCAAAAAUAAAAUAAAAUUUAAAAAUAUAUUUGACAGGUUGAUAUUGCAACUGCAGUUGACGAAAAUCAAACUGCAAAUCUAUUGAAAAAAUCUCGUGAAAAGCCAUCGCAGGAAUUAUCCCAAAAAAAAGUCGGCGUACUUGAAAGUCAACUAAAUAGUUUGAUCAUGGCACGUGAAUCAGGCCUAGAAUCAGACGACACGAAUGAAAAGAUCAAAGUUACGAAGAAAGCUUUAAUAGAAGAGAAAAAAGUUUUAAAGCGGAAACAAAAUGAUGCUGAACGUCAACAAAAAUUGCGCGAUUCCAAAAAACAGAAAAUGGCCGAGUUAUUAGAGGAACAUCCUGAAUUGGCAGGGAAGUUAAAAAUUCGCGAUAAAAUAGGAAAACCAAGAGUCGAAGAUAAUCAAGCUGAUCUUCUUAAGACAAUAACUGACAUUGCCAUAUUUGGAGGAGCCGCAGAUGACAGACGUCGAUCUGAAAAAAUUCGCAGUUGUCGUACAUUAUACGAUCUUCACGCCGAAAUGCAAAAACUAGGAUAUCAAAUAAGUCGCUCUGCGUUGUAUAUGAGACUUCUUCCAAAACGCUCAACAACGAUUGAAGGAAAACGCCAUGUUGUGACUGUUCCGGUGAAGCUUUCCAGACCUGAAGCGGAUCAUCAUGCAAAUGAUGUUGAUGGCAAAUUUUGCACAGCAACCAUGCGAUCUUUAGAGUCCUUGGCAUCAGUGCUCGGUCCAGAUCAGGUGUUCUUUCUAUCACAGGACGACAAAGCUAGAGUGCCAUUGGGAAUCACUGCUGCUAAAAAGCAGGCUCCCAUUCUCAUGCACGUCGAUUACCAAGUUCGUUUACCCGACCAUGAUUUUGUUGUUGCUGAACGUCACAAAUUUAUUCCUUCAGUGUACGCCUGCAUUGACAUUGCUAGAGAUGGAGAAGGGCAAAGCUCAGAUGUUUCAUACUCGGGACCCACCUACAUCGCAAUUCGCAGUGGAAAGCACUGUUCAUCCAAUGCCAAAACGCAUGCUGCAGAUUUGGACAGACUUAUCGAAAUUCCAACUUUCCAAAAAUUUGCAAAAACUGAGGAUGAUUCAGUAAAGCCGAUUUUUAUUGUAACCUGCGACGGUGGCUCAGAUGAAAACCCUCGUUACCCUCGAGUCAUCGCUGAAGCCAUUAAACAUUUUUUAAAGUUCAAUUUGGAUGCCUAUUAUAUUGCCACUAAUGCUCCGGGACGUAGUGCAUAUAAUAGAGUAGAGCGACGCAUGGCACCACUGAGCAAGGAGCUCACUGGUUUAAUUUUAUGUCAUGAACAUUUUGGGUCCCACCUUAACUCAAAGAAUGAGACAGUUGACGAAGAAUUGGAAAAACGAAAUUUUGAGCACGCAGGGCGUGUUUUGGCUGAAGUCUGGAAUUCUAUUGAAAUAGAUAAUUUUCCCGUCGAGGCGGAAUACAUCGGCCCGGAAGAAUAUCCAGCUUCAACUUUGCCUGUAAAUGAAAAAUGGUAUUCAACGCAUGUUCGCGAAUCUCAAUACCUCUUGCAAAUCGUGAAAUGCAACGAUGAGAAAUGCUGUAGUCCUCGACGAUCAAGUCUCUGGAACAUUCUGCCUGACGGUUUUUUGCCGCCUCCAGUGCUUGUUAAGCAAACCCCUAAUGGAUAUAUUACUGUAAAAAAUACGGACAACGAAGGCAAAUUUUGUCCUCUUCUUCUGCGUAUGGCUCUUCAACUUCAACCUCAAACUGAAGAAUUUGCAAUUUUACCGUAUGACUACUACUGUCCCAGUCUACAGUUUUCGCUCGAAUCAAGGUAAUUAAAAAAAUUAUAUUUUGUAAUUGUUAAUUUAAUUUAUUAUUCUAUAUUAUUAUUGUUUAUUCAACAGGGUUUGCAAUGUUUGUGGGAUUUA